GUGCCGCGGCUCCCUGCCCACCAGCACGGCGAAUGGCCGCCCGCCUCCCCCGCCCGUGAGGCCGAGCUCGCCUGCGGCCCGCGCGGCGCCGCGCCCCGGCGCGAUGGCCCUCGGCGGGCCCGCGGCCGCGCGCGCCCAGCCCGCGGGGCCCGCCGCCCGGCCGCGCCGACCGCAGGCCGGCAGCAGGCGGCCGACCCGAGGACCCUGGGGCACCCGGGCCGCCGAUGGCCGCGGGGCGGCCGCCUCUCGCCGCGGCGGCCGCCGCCGCGCUGCGGGUGGGCCGCCGCCGCGCGCGCUGCGGGGCCUGGGCGGGCCUCGUGGGCGGCGGUCGCGCGCUGCGGCGACCGCGGCGGGCGCGGCACCGCUCGCGAGGGGUGCGGCGCCGCCCGCGGCGUGCGGCGCCGCGGCCACGCGCUGUGUCGCCGCCGCGGCGGCCGCCGCUGCGACCGCCGAGGGCGGCCCCGAGGGCGACGACGGCCUGGUGCUCGUGACGGGCGCAGGCGGCGGCCUGGGGCGCCUGUUCGUGGAAGCGGGGCUGGCUACGGGCGCGGCCAGCGAGGGCGCGUCGCGGGAGGCCACCGUGGUGACCUGCGCGGGCGAGGUUGCCAGCGAGGAGGACGUCGACCGUCUGCUGGAGCGGCUGGCGUCCCAGCACCCGGGCAGGCCCAUCACGGGCCUCGUCCAUUUCGCCGGCGUCGAGGGGGCCGCCGAGGAGGCGAGGGGGGGCCUCGCGGCUCCCGGGAGUGAGGCCCUGGCGGCGCUGGACGCGCAGAUGCGGCCGCUUCUGCUGCUGAUGGGCCGCCUGUCGCCGCUCAUGCAAGCCUCUGGGCGCCCGUGCCGCGUGCUCACGGCAUCGCCGGGGUCCGCGGCCGCGAGUCCCUCCACCUGGGGGGGUCGCGGCAUGCGAGCGCUCGCGGGGAGCUUCGCGGAACAGUACACCGAGGCGCUGGCGGAGGAGCUUCGCGGCUCGAACGUGACCGUCUGCGGCGUGCGCGUCGACGAGGCGGCCCUCGAGGCGGUGCGAGGGGGCUCCGCGGCCGCCCGGGCCGGCGAGGCCCUCGACGCGCUGACCUCGGAGCUGCGCGCCGUGUGGCAGAUGCCGGCGGCGGAGGCUGGCGGCCAGGUGGUGCCCAUCGGCGCGGCGACGCAGCAGCGCGCCAAGGGCGCCGCGCGCGGCGGCAGCGUGAUUGGGCCGUCCUUGGACGCCCGCUGGGCCCUCCGGGCAGCCGCCAGCCGCGUCGCCGACUACCCCGCCGACGCGCGCCCGCGCGCCUACGCCGAGCUGUCGCGGGCGCUCGGCGUGGCGGAGGAGAGCCUGGUGUGGUGCCACGGGGCCUCCGACGUCAUCGUCCGCGUCUCCGCCGCCGCCGGGGUGCGGGCUCGCGCGGCGAGGGGCGCAGGGGCGGAGUGCGUGGCGCUGCAGCAGGGGCCGACCUGGCCGAACGCCGCAUCCCUGCUGAGGAGCGGCGGCCUGAGCGCGGUGUCUCCGGUGGAGUACCCCGACCCCUGGCAGGGGCCCGCGGCCACCGAUCAGUUCUGGGCGGCGCUGCGGGAGCGCGUCGUCGGCCAGGGGGACGCGCCGCCCGCGCUGGUGUACCUGGUCCACCCGCACUUCCCGACGGGCUUCAAGGACCCCGAGUUUGGAGCGCGGCUGAAGGCGCUGGUGGCCGAGAGCGGCAGCCAGGCCAUCUUCGCGGUGGACCAGACCUACACCGGCUUCACCAGCGAGACGGCGGACGACCGGCUCUUAGAGGGCCUCGCCUCCACCUCGGAGUCCGUGGUGCUGGUGCGGUCCCUUUCGAAGGUGGAGGGCCUCGCGGCCCUGAGGUUGGGCUAUGCGCUGGCUGCGCCGCCGCUGGCCAGGCGGGCUCGAUGGGGGAAGUGA